ACUGUGUCCAGAGUGGCGUAUGCCUCGGGUAGGGCCGCAUCAAACACUAAGCUACUAUUCGCACCGUCCUUGGCGGCGUUCGUGGCGGAGUUCCCGCUCUGACUGGCGGUCAGCAUGAUCUGGACGUCCGAGCGAGAGCGCGACGUCAUCUCUCACCGGCUCUUCUCACUCCGCGCUGCACAAUCUCUUUCUUCCUUUCUCUCCUCUAAGAAAAUCUCUGAGAGGAUGCGCGGUAAAAAUAGCGCGAUUUCGCAUGCACCGGCCGGACAAGUUUUGAAGCUCCGACGAUCCCGUGAACUGAACGUGACUAGCUAGCUCGAGUUCUUUUCUGACUCAAAAGGCAACCAAGACACACGUACACAGGUAGAUGGCCU